CACAUAUCCUAUUAUGUAUAUAACCGGUAAAUUGCCGAAUCAGCGAGCACAUAAGAGUUUAAAUGCCACACACUAACGCUUAGCGUGUGUUAUUAGAAACGGAGCGAUAGUGUAUUUACGAAAAUAGUGUUGACUCAUACGGGCGAAAGAGAGCGUGCAACUAGCACAUACCAGUACAAGUUAUCAAGACACACGCCGCCAGUUAUAUAUUAUUAUAGAGAGACACACAGCGCAGGUGCACUUGUCUUUGUUUGAGCUGAUUAAUUUGAAAAACAAACAAAACAUACUGUUUUUGUUUCAAGAAUGCAUUGGCGGAUUUUAGAAGUCGUGAUAGUUUGGUCGUUUGCUGUUUUGGACGCUUAUGGUCAUAAAUUAAACUCUGAAUCCCAGACGACGCAGAAAAGCAGUGAAGAAGUUGACAAUAUUGUCUUUAAGAACUAUGGAAUAUGGAUACUGUGUUUCUCUGUUGGCGUAGUGUUAGCUAUUACCGUUAUAAGCGUGGCGGUUGCCUUAUUAACGAAGUGGUUAUGCAAAAGGUUUGGUCUCGUGUCGUCUGAUCCAAGCAUUAUUAAUGCUAACUGCGAUUCACCACCGUCGUAUAACAAUUGUGUGAAUGUUGGAAUAAUCACCGAUGGUCAGUGUAGCUACGAACUUGGAGAAGAUAUGUGGUCGGACACUGGGGAGACUCCCCCGCCAUCUUAUGAGAGUGUGUUGGCAAUCGCUGAACAUCAGCACAUGCAAUGUGUUCCAUAUGUUGGCGCUGGCCACCUCCGCGGACCAGCAACACCGCACAACAGGUGCUGGGAAUUGACCGAACCAUCACCGAACCAUGCAGACAAUCCCAACUACACAAAGCAAAACAUAAACUCGAAUUUGACAGCGGAAAAUAAUGGCGAUAAUAAAAAUUGUGAUGUACAAUUCGAGAUGGACACUUACAUUCUACCACGCUGAUCGCGGCGGUAUUGAGUUGUCAAAAGCCGCUAAUGAAGACACGGGCAACUCUGCAUUUUGAAUAAAGUGCGCGGUUCGCACAAAGCGUAAACAUUACCCUACGCCUGUGGUAUUUGAAAACGCUGAAAAGAGAGACCUGUAAUAGUGCCGAGAAUCUCUUAACCAUUCCAUCGUAACGAAUGUACCACACUUACUGUACUUUUGUAUGCAGAUCAUAGUAUAUUAUGUUCGCUUGUGUUUCCUGCCAGACCCAUUUAAAAUGACGGUCUCUUCUCUGAUGAGCACAAACAGUUGACGAUAACAAGAAAAGAUGAAUAUCGUCGAUCGGAAAAGAAGCCGCUGAAUUUGAGAAGACACUGUCAGUUAUA